GCAAUCCAUAUGACUCAGGAGAUGGCAACCUGCAGCGCUUGCCAUCUCUCAUCCCUCCACGAUUUCCUGCGAUGGCUGAUACCUUUCUCAACUUGGCCACUGGAGUCGCGGGUACCAUCGAUCCCUCCGGCCUCGUCCACGCUGGCGCCGGCGUAUUCCAGAUCAUCCAGGCCCAGAGGCAGAAAGCGAAGGGACCCUCCACCGGGCAUAGCUGCGACUCGUGUAAGAAGGAGAUAUAUACCAAGACGGAUCGGUACAGAUGUCUCGGAUGCUCAGAUUACGACUCCUGCCAAAAGUGCUUCCCGAAACUACACCAUCCGCGGCAUGCCUUUGUCCGAGUUCCUGCUGCCGGAAACGGUGAAAUAGAGGUGGUCUUGAAUGGGAUGCCUCAUUGGAUUUGUGACGGAUGUGGUAACGGGUGGGGUGGUCUCCAUUGGAUGUGUGCUGAAUGCACGGGCUCCGCUGUAGCCUUCUGCCACUCGUGCUUCCCUUUGCGCUACCAGAAACAUCCGAUACACACGUCUUAUGUUCGCUACUUCAGCAUGCACUAUCCGUCCGUUUCCUUCCCGUUGUCGUGUAAAGCCUGCAAUGGCCCAGUACGCAACUCGCUGUGGGAUUGCUCUCAUUGUCCUGACACGGUCGUCUGCCAGAACCCGGGCUGCUAUUCAUGGCUUCAGGGCCAUGCUCCCGGUCACUGGAAGUUCGACAACUGUACUUUGAUAGCCUGAACAUCGGUGUCAUAUGGUACGGGCCCGCUCUCUGGCUCGGCAAAUCGCUCCUUGGCUAGACUCUGCGUGCGUCCGCGUUUACCCUCAUGGGUUCUGGCAAGUACCUGGACCUCCCACGGUGACUCCUCUGCUGUAUACUCCAAGCGAUGAACAAUGGCCAUCUUUCAG